AUGAUCAAACGUAGUCAUGAGUUUCUGCAAAUGAUUAAUCUUUCAGGAAGCAUCAUCAAUGAUCUCAACUUUGCUGUGAUUCCGGAUAGCCUGAAGAAUGUCACUAGAUCCUCUCCACACAUUGAUAUCAACGAAGAGCUGAAAAUAAUCGAGUCAACAUGUCUGUCUAUUCAAGAUAAAAAGUAUCUGACGGGCGGCGUACUCACUGGUAGUCUUGCCAAAAUGUUCAACGAAAAACUGCUCGUAAUAUCUCAAAAAGCGAUUGGUUUUGAAGAAGUACGUGGCGUGCUCGGAGUACGGCAACCUCAUACAAAAUGGUAUUGCGGAGAAGGGUUUGACGAUUGGUUGAAGUUCGGAUGGAGAGACGAAGAGAAGGCAGCGGCGAAGACGAUUCAGGAGUACUAUGAUCUGAUCGAGCCAAUGUUCAAAUUGUUUGAGAGACAUGACUGUGGAUACUUUUUUGAAGAACAAGUUCAUAAAGGGAUCGUCUGGUUGGAUGCGAAGAUGCCAACUGUUCGUCAUAUUCAUCGACAGAAACUUGAAGAGCUCCUUCUCCGUCCCAAUGCAAGUGAGGUUUUUGACAAGAAAGAAGUGGAUAAUCUGAUGGAAGAGAGGCGAAAGACGACGUCUCUUGUAGAUGGUGCUCUUAUGGGAUUGUUCAAAAAUAACAAUUGUUGUCAAGCCAACGAGAACAAAUGUGAGGAGAAGGAAAUCCAGAAUAGAAAGGAUGUGCAAUGA